GCGGGGCGGUCCGGACAUGGCGGCGGUGCUGCGGCGCGGGGCGGCCGGGCUUCUUACCAGAUUGCAGACAUCAGCUCCCACAGUAAGAACUCUGUCAUCAUCAAAGUCCUUUUCACAGAACAUUCCAAGCUGUUUGUGGAAACUGGGCCAACUUAACCAUGUGGCCAUUGCAGUGCCUGAUCUGGAGAAGGCUCAGUCCUUGUACAGAGAUGUGUUGGGAGCCCAGGUGAGCAAGACUGUUGCUCUUCCUGAACAUGGUGUGUACACUGUUUUUGUGGAGCUGGGAAAUGCCAAGUUGGAACUUCUACAUCCUUUAGGAGAGAAAAGUCCCAUUGCAAGUUUUCUGCAAAAAAACAAGACUGGAGGAAUGCAUCAUAUCUGCAUUGAGGUUGAUGACAUAAAAGCGGCUAUGACAGAACUGAAGAAAAAACAGAUACGAAUAUUGAGUGAAGAGCCAAAAAUAGGUGCACAUGGCAAACCUGUGAUUUUUCUUCACCCUAAAGAUUGCCAUGGAGUCCUUGUGGAACUUGAGCAAGCUUGAGCUGUAAUAUUCAUAAAUAAAACAAUGGAAUAGUUGUGAAGUUCCUGAGCUGGUGCUGGGAAUGUUGAUGUGGUGUUUAGUCUUUACAAGUUCAUUGUAGUUCCCACAGAUUUAAGUACAGCUUUUGAGUACUGAAAUAGUGCUACAGGUUUAGGGCAAUUUUCUUUUUUUUUUUGUUGCUGAUCUGAUUUUCAGAAUUAAUAUCUUGACAUUUCUUGAAUUCUCUGUGAUUCGAAAGACAAAUACAUGAGCCAAGUUACAAAUGUACCAUAGAAAUUUAUGUUUUGUUGCCUGUGCAGCGUGAUUUUACCUCUGUAACCACAGAAACUGUACAGUUUCUAGGUCAACCCACAUUAUUUUGUUCUACAUUUCACAGCAGAGACCCACUUCUCAGUGACAACAAUAUAGCUUAGACAUUCUCUUUAGAAAUGAAGGAAAAAUGAACCUUGUAUUUUCUGUUUUCACCAUUCACCAUCUGUGCUUCACACUGAUUGAUUGGUUCAUGAAUAAAAAAAUCCGUCUGUUAUUGUA